CGUCGCGUCGGCUACCGGUCCGGUCCGGUUUGGGAGGCUUCUGCGCGGCGACGUCGUUUUCGUCGUCUUCGUUGGCGGCCGUGGCGGUGGUGGGCGCUGCUGCUGCUGCUCCUCUCCCCCUGUGGCUCUGGCCCGGCUCCGCGCCUUGACGCAGGCAGAGCGGCCCUCCCCGCCCAGGCCGUGUGGGAGGCGCCCGGUCCGCUCCGCGCCUGGACGCUCAAUGCUCCCGGUUUUCCGCUCGAAUCCCCGUCACACAUUUAUGGCGAUUCUGCGUGUCAGGGCAGAUUUCUGCCGGGCCCAGCACCACACCCUGGCUGAGAAGUGAGCUGGGGGCUAGGGUCCUACGUGCCAUAACUAAACUUUGCCUUGAAGACUCCAGACACCGAGACUUAAGCCUCAAAUAUAUGGGGUUAUCUUCUGCACAUUGGAAACCUCUUCCUCUUAGUGACACUAGAGAAGCAAAGCCUGGCUGAACCCAAGUGGAUAGAAGACUUGCCCUUACAUUUUCUUGUGCCUCACCAGUGCCUAAAUGUAGUAAAGGCUGCCUAUUUUUUGCAUGUAGUAGGAGACUGCAGAGUCUGAAGGAGCGCCAUCUGCAGUGAUUGAGGCUGAAGUUGAAUUCCAGCAGAUGCUGAAGCAAACCUGCUUUUCUUGAAGUGAAGAAUCAUCUUGAAGAACAAACCAAGUAAACAAGGAAAGCUCUGAUCAGUUCCCGGACACUUUAGUAGUCUUUUUUUUUUAAUGUUUUCUGCUGUGAAACAUUGCAAGAUUUGAUUUCCCCCCCCCAACACCCCCCUCUACCCGCCACUAUGAACCGUCCCGCUCCAGUGGAGAUUACUUAUGAGAGUAUGCGCUUCCUGAUCACCCACAACCCAACCAAUGCAACCCUCACCAAAUUCACAGAGGAGCUGAAGAAGUAUGGAGUGACAACCUUGGUACGAGUCUGUGAUGCUACCUAUGAUAAAGCACCAGUUGAAAAAGAAGGAAUCCAAGUCCUAGACUGGCCAUUUGAUGAUGGAGCACCCCCCCCAAGUGAGAUCGUGGAAGACUGGCUGAACCUGUUAAAAACCAAAUUCCGUGAAGAACCUGGCUGCUGUGUCGCUGUACACUGUGUUGCAGGACUGGGCAGAGCCCCAGUUCUGGUUGCUCUCGCACUCAUUGAAUGUGGAAUGAAGUAUGAGGACGCGGUGCAGUUUAUAAGGCAGAAGAGGAGGGGAGCAUUCAACUCCAAACAGCUGCUCUAUCUUGAGAAAUACCGACCGAAGAUGCGAUUACGCUUCAGAGAUGCCAAUGGCCACUGCAUUGUGCAGUAAGCGAGGGGCCCUCUGUGAAGACUUGAUGCUAUCAUGGCUGUCUUUCUGGACUUGUGGAACCUGGAAAUGUAAUUCUGGAAUUGAACAUCAUCCUUACCAUAGUGGAGUCGGUGCUCCUCAGCCUUUGUCCUAAUGAUGAUGAUUGUGAUAAAAAAAAAAAUUAAAACAAAACAUUUCAGUGAAUGAUUGUCUUCUCAUGUUGCAGUCUGAUCAUCUGCCAAGAGACAAGAAUUCCUUGAACCUUCUGUAUUUUAAACUUUUUGGAAAAAAUAUUAAUAAACUCAAUUUUAUGUUUCAAGGAAAA